GUGUUCUGUUGGAAUAUACGUCGCACAUUUAUGGCGAUUCUGAGUGUGAGGGCAGACUUCUGCCAGGCCCAGCACAGCAUCCUGGCUGACAAGUGAGCUGAGUGCAGGGGGUUCUACGUGCCAUAAUUACUUUGCCUUGAAGACUCCAGACACAGCGAACACACUCAAAUAUAUGGGAUAUCUUCUGCACAUUGGAAGCAUAUUCCUUUUACUGACUCUAGCAAAGCUAAGCAUCAAGAAAACAAAGUGGAGAGAAAAUCUGCCCUUACUUUUUUGCCUCACCAGUGCCUAAAUGUAGAACAGGCUGCCUAGUCUUGCAUGUAGUCAGAAUUUUUGGAGUCUGAAGGAUACCACCUGCAGUAAUUGAGGCCGAAGUUGAAUUCAAGUGGAUUCUGAAGCAAACCUGCUUUUCUAGAAGCGAAUUCUUUAAGGAACAAACACGUCAAAGCAAGCUCUGAUCAAUCCCAGGCAUUUUAGUGGUCUUUUUAAUGUUUUCUGCUGUGAAACGUUUCCAAGGUUAUUGAUUUUUUUUUAUUUUAUUUUUUUUGGCCCCUUACACAUUUUGUUUGCCAUUAUGAACCGUCCAGCCCCCGUGGAAAUUACUUACGAGAAUAUGCGUUUCCUGAUCACUCACAACCCAACCAAUGCAACCCUCAGCAAGUUCAUAGAGGAGCUGAAGAAGUACGGAGUGACAACCUUGGUGCGAGUUUGUGAUGCCACUUAUGAUCAAGCUCCUAUCGAAAAAGAAGGAAUCCAGGUUCUAGACUGGCCAUUUGAUGAUGGAGCACCACCCCCGAAUCAGAUAGUUGACGACUGGCUAAACCUGUUGAAAACCAAAUUUCGUGAAGAGCCUGGAUGCUGUGUCGCUGUUCACUGUGUUGCAGGGUUGGGAAGGGCUCCUGUACUGGUUGCACUUGCUCUCAUUGAAUGUGGAAUGAAGUACGAAGAUGCAGUUCAGUUUAUAAGGCAGAAAAGGAGGGGAGCUUUCAAUUCCAAACAGCUGCUUUACCUUGAGAAAUACCGACCUAAGAUGCGAUUACGCUUCAAAGAUGCCAACGGUCACUGCUGUGUUCAAUAAAAAAAAAAAAAUCUCAAACGAAGGCAGAAGUUAGCAUGGCUGUUUUCUGGACUCUUGGCACCUGGAAAUGUGAAUCUGGAAUCAAACUACGUCAUCAAAUUAGUGGUGGAGUCAGUGCUCCUCAACCUCUGUCCUAAUGGUGGUGAUGAUUGAAAAAAAUAAAAAUAAAAAAAAAAUUGAGAGAAACAUUUCAGUGAAGGAUUGUUUUCUCCUUAAGCUGCAGUUUGAACAUCUGCAAGGAGAAAAUCAGUUUCUGAACCUUCUGUAUUUUUAACUUUUUAAGAAAAGAAAUAAAGUAAAUUUUAUGUCUAAGGAAAACCAGCAGAGCAUUGGCUUGUGCAGAAACUAUUUUCUUGAUUUGAGGAAAGUACCCCACAGUUAGGGCCUGAUACAUUAAUUCCUAUGGGACUCUCUUAAAUGGAGUUGCCUUCUUUUUUUUUUUUAACCUUGCUGGGACCUGGCAGGGAGACAUGAGGAGGAGCCUUUGUUGCUGUAUGGGAGCAGUCUGACAGCCUUAAGCCCACCCUGGGCAUAUUCUAGAGAUUUGGUGAUGUCUGUGUUGUAUGUCUACAUGGUGUUCAGACUCUGCAGGUGUGAAAAAAAACUUCCUGGUGGGCUUUAACAGAAGACUCACUGCCUAAUAUCUGUGGUGAAUCUGCUAAAGGCCUUUUCUGGUUGGUGGGAGACAGUGCUUUUAACUGUGUGAGAGCGUGUGUGUGUGUAUGCACGUGUGUGUAUGUCAGUCUUAUUUUUUCCAAAGAAUUUGGCUGAAAUGUUAAUUGUCUUUCUGUUGCUAGAUAGAAAAUCUAUCCUGGCAGAAGACUGAUGUUCAAAAGUGUCCUAGGUGAGCAAGGGGCAAUUCAGACAAGGACUUAAAAUUAAUUUAUCUGUCACAAGGCUUUUUGCUGCUGUCCAGAUCCUCUGCCUUGCUGAACGCAGUAAAUCGGGAUUUGGGGGGAGGGUCUCAUUUGUAUCGUAUAUGAGGUAAAGAUGGUACGCACACAGAAAUGCGGUCCAUGAAUAAAUGCCUAGUAUGGGUAUUUUCACAGACUAGCCCUCAUGUACAGUUCAGUUUAACCACUGAUUGCCUUGUUAUUUUUUUAUUGGGCUCUUUUGGAGGGAGAAUCUCUAGUUACACACCAACAUGCCUAUCAUGUAUUCACCAUUGGCAGACUGUAAAUACGCUGAUUUUUGGAGUGUGGACUGGCACCACGUUCUCCUUGUAGGGCUGUUGGUGGUGUCAGCGUAUUAAUCAAGACAAGUCAUUUUACAGCCUCUAAUAAGCAGUUUCAGCCAGGCUACUUCUACCAAACAAGUUAACUGAGUCCCCUGCCCCACUAGUGACCUCAUUUGCUUUCAACUUGACAUUAUGUCUGUAAUAUUCAGCCACUGAAGGCUUUGAAUACAGGUUUAGGGUCAUGCUCUCCUGUGAUCUUUUGCUGUGGCGCACCAAAGGCUUUUGUUGGUCUGUGCCUGUAGUAGGUGCAGACCGGUACCCAUCUUUUACCGAUACCUCAGCUGCUGGCGGUGUGAACUGCCUUCACAGGAUUUCUUCCUGUUCUAGACUUCUGGUUUUAGCCUGCAGCUAAACUGCGCAAACGUUUUUCAGAACGCAAGUAAUGGACCGUUAGAAUUGUAUUCCUGGAAGGGAUUUAUAAAUUUAAGGAAAAAAUAAUGGUACUUGUCAAGCCCCUCACUUUACAGACACGCUAAGAGACCUGUUUGAGGUCCACGGCUAGAAAACACUGCACUCCAUGAAACUCGGUCUGUACCCUGACUCAAGCUGUAUUGUUGUACUGAGUUCCUUCCUCCCUUUAAGAUGUGUAACGUUUCUGAUUUCUUUAAUAGAUAAGAGACGCGAAAGUGUUUGUGAAGUCAAUGCCUACAUUAGGGAAAUAACAUACCUGGUAAUGUUUGAGUCCACGUGGAAGGUAGAUGAUGCUGAAAGUACUUAAUUCUGGCCUUUACCUUCCCCUCACAAACUAGAAGCCUAAUGUUCUAACUGUUUCUGCAAAUUAAAAUUGAUGUUUUUAGUAAAAUGAAAUACUGGUAGUUAAAGCCGAUUUGACGACUGAUGGAGGUCAGGUUGGAGGGGAAGGUGUUGAGCUGGAUUAAAAACCAAACCCCAAGCCCUUCUGAAGAACAAUAAAAAAAAUUUUACAUGCUAUAUGUAUAACUUUGCAUUCUUCCCCCUAGUUUUACUCUGAUUUAUAAUGUACUAAUUAUCAUAUACUAUGACUCUGCAGCCUUAAUUGAGGAAAAAUAGUGGAAAGUGCAGACUGUCAUACAGCGUAGACACAAAUGGGGGGAGUGUAAUUGUGAGCGAUGUCCAGUAGGCACAAUACUGGUUCAGCACUUGAACGUAGUGCAAUAAAGUUCUUGCAGUAAAAUGGCU